GCUUGUAUCAGUUUUGAGUGCUUCAGGCUGACAGAGGCACCUCUCUCCGAUUGUCAGCUUGGAUUAAUUAUUCUCAUAUUAUUAACUGGCUACUCGCACUGUGUGUCUCUCACUCUCUCCCUUUCUCCGCUGGAUAGUCUCACCAGAUUCGGGAUGGCUCAGCUGGAACUGGGAGCGACUCCCUCCCAAUAGGGACAGGCCAGGGAGCGGACCAUGCUGAGGACGUCAUUAUGUGAUACCAACGUGCCGAAGCUACAGAUGAGUCCCUACAGCCCCCACAAACAGCUGUGUAAUGGAGAAUAUCAGAGGCUUUGGAAGGAGGAGGAUCCAAGAGACAGCUCGGCACCUUCGGAACUCACUCUCUUCGACAAACUAAUGCUGUCCCACAACAUCUGGCUGCAGCUGAGCAUCGAGGCAGCACAAGUCAAGGACAUUCUCCGGAAUCAGCCCCCAGGGGCGUUUCUGAUGUGGAGUAAUAAUUGGGGGAAAAAUAAGAUGCUGACGGUUCGACUCGGAAAUGGAGCUUCUGGAUGUCAGGAUUUCAUUGUCAAUGAGGAUGCUUUUGUUUUAUCUCUGGAAAAUUCCUACCUGGGAUUCAGCAGCUUAUUCCAAAUGAUUGCGUACUACUGUGUGAGCAGGGAUGUCCUGCCCUUUCGACUCCAACUACCCACGGCCAUCUUGCAGGCGAACAGCAAGGAGCAGCUGGAGAAGAUCUCAGCCCUGGGCAUGAUGUUCUGGGAAUCACCAUUUAACCAGAACCGAGAGACGACGUUCCCGGAAGCCAAGGGUGACAUGUUGGCUGUCAGCCCCACAUCCAGCUUUGAGCUCCUGAAGGAGAAGCCUGUUCCGAUGUGCUCCAUCCAAGUGACGGCCGAGAACGGAGCCCUAUUCUUCAUCAACCCUCUGUUCCUGAAGGAGCAUGGGGAUGGAUGGGUCACCAAGAUCCCACUGCAGACUCACGCUUUCAAGCAUUCACGCCUGGCGACCAGGUGCAAGAAACCGGCAGGGGCCAGCCGCGAAGCGAGUCCCACUUCCCCCCGAAACCAGCAGGAGGCAGCAUUGGGAAAGGCUGUGGAGAGGUCGGAUUCUGGGAAGAGCCUGGAAGAAGAGGAAGCCUUCGAAGGCCCUUGCCCUGACUCAGCGUCAGACAAUAACAUGGCAGCUCUGAGGAGGAAGAACUUCACACGGCGUGCAGCCUGGAGCUGGGGGGAAGACGCUGACAGCGAGGCCCCAGAAAGCAAGGACACCGAGCGGGAUAGGCCCAGGCCUAGGAGUACCGGCUCAGAGACCAGGCCUCGGAGCAGCCACACACUCCCGGCCCACUACCGGGCUUCCUGGCUGGAAGCGAACGAGCAGGGAUUGGCGCCGCCGCUGACCAAAGCGCGCUCAGAGGCCUCGCUGUUCGCCUGCGACAGCCCGCCGCUCUCCUCCAUUUCCGAGCUGGACUCGCUGUCCAUCAGCAGCGUGGAGGACGAAAGCGACGUGGCCAGUGCGCCCCAGAAGCAGCAGAAGCGCCUCUCGAGCGGCCUGUCUGACAAGGUGCGGUACCGCCUGUCGGCCAUGGGCCACGCGUUCACCGGCCUCGUGUCCGCCGACCGCCGGGUCCGUAACAAGAUCGAGGAACUAGGCCAGGACAAGGGCUCCUACUUCGGCGGCCUAGUCCAAGGCUUCGUCUCGUACACGCAGCAAAACCGGGACAAGUACGCCAGCAGCACCGAGAUGCUGCAGGCCAUCUACCACAUGAUCGCCAGCCUCCGAAACUACCUGAGCCAGAGCUCGGAGCUCACUCCCAUCCUGGACCAGGCUGAGCACGAGGAAUGUGACAUAGAUGCCUCCAUUGAGAAAGCUUUGCAGAAGUGCAUUCUGAAGCCCCUGCGGGAUCACAUUUACUCCUGCCUCCUGGACUUCCACACCAAGGACGGCUCCUUGAAAAAGCUCAGGGACAAGCAGCUCGUGCUGCAGAACCAGAGCCUGGCCGAGCUGGGUGUCUCGGCCCAUGUACCGGAUGCCGUGAGCCUGGAGAAAAUCCAGCAGAAGUUCAAUACCAUGCACACGCUCUACUCUCCCUGGAAGAAGGUUGUGCAACUCCUGAAGGCCUGCAAGCUCAUCUACGAAGCCAUGUCUGGGUCAUCAGGGAAGCCCUAUGGAGCCGACGAUUUUCUACCAGUUCUGACCUACGUCCUGACCAGCAGCAACUUGACCAAUCUCUCGCUCGACGUGGAAUACAUGAUGGAACUCCUUGACCAGACCCAGCUCCAUGGGGAAGGUGGAUACUACUUAACGACAAUGUUUGGGGCACUUUACCACAUCAGCAACUUCCAACCCCGGCAACUCAGCCGGCAGAUGAGCGACGAGGCUAAGUCAUCGAUACGCCAAUGGAGGACAAGAAGGACGGUACAUCAUAACCAGUCAAGGCGACGCUCGGCACAGGAUUUGCUCUACAUCUCUCUACAUGAACCUUGUGUAAACCAGGUGCCUGUCUUAGCGCCAGGGCACACAAGCGUGACGGAGGUGGAGAGGGCGUGUGCUGAGAAGUUUGAUGUGCCAGACCCAGAGAACUACCGGCUCUUCGUGGUCAGAGGCGACUCCUACCAACUGCUGGAGAGGGACGCCUUCCCCCAGAAGGUCAAAGAGGAGCUAAAGCAGAAAGGGGAUACCUCGUUCCACUUUGUGUACGGACUCGAGCACAGAAGCAAGCUCGCCCAGACUUCAUCUGAGGUGGAGCGGCCCAUUUCGUGAUGGGUCCCA